UAGUGCUUGUCUGCAGUGAUUUCUGCCUAACCUUGGCCAGGGAACGGAGGCAACUCUCCUCAAGGGCAGACUGUGUCUUCUAUUACACCUCCUCCUUUGCCCUCGGCAGACGGACUCUACAAACUCCAAGACAUCAGUGCUGCUCUUCCCGGGCUCAUUGAACUUUGGAAAGGAAGACCUGAACAUUUUAAAAUGUCAGUGAGAAAAGACUUAGAAAAAUACAGAGAUGUUGAUGAGGAUGAAAUCUUAAGGAAACUGACAGAGGAUGAAUUGAAAGCACUGGAAGGAGAGCUGGAAGAGUUAGACCCAGAUAAUCAGUUGUUGCCCGCAGGGCUACGACAAAGGGACCAGACCAAAAAGACACCAACGGGACCCUUUCAGAGGGAUGCUCUUCUAGACCAUUUAGAGAAGGAAGCAAAGGAAGUAAAAGACAAGGAAGACUUAGUGCCUUAUACUGGAGAAAAGAGAGGAAAGCCAUGGAUUCCAAAGAAGACUGUAGUUGAUCCGGUUUUAGAAAGUGUGACUUUGGAACCGGAACUGGAGGAAGCAUUAGCCAACGCAUCUGAUGCUGAACUCUGUGAUAUUGCUGCUAUUCUUGGAAUGCACACCCUGAUGAGUAACCAGCAGUACUAUGAGGCGCUUGCAAGCAGCAACAUUGUGAACAAAGAAGGUCUAAAUAGUGUCAUCAAACCAACACAAUAUAAACCUGUUCCUGAUGAAGAACCUAAUUCUACAGAUGUGGAUGAAACUUUGGAGCGAGUGGAGAACAAUGACCCUGAAAUGGAGGAAGUUAACCUUAAUAAUAUUAGGAACAUUCCAGUGGUGACAUUAAAGGCUUAUGCUGAAGCAAUGAAAAAGAAUACUCAUGUAAAGAAGUUUAGCAUAGUCGGAACACGAAGCAAUGACCCCGUUGCCUUUGCAUUGGCAGACAUGUUGAAGGUCAACACUUCCCUGAAAAGCUUAAAUGUGGAGUCCAAUUUUAUCAGUGGAACAGGCAUAUUGGCUGUUAUUGAAUCUCUCCAACAUAACACAACUCUAGUUGAAUUGAAGAUAGAUAAUCAGAGUCAACCCCUCGGUAAUAAAGUAGAAAUGGAAAUUGCAAGUAUGUUGGAAAAAAAUUCUUCCCUUUUGAAAUUUGGCUACCAUUUUACUCAGCAAGGGCCUAGACUUCGAGCUUCAAAUGCGAUGAUGAACAAUAAUGAUCUUGUGAGGAAGAGGAGGCUGGCUGACCUGGUUGGGCCAAUCUAUCCCAAAUGCCGAAGCGGGGUGUAGAGCCGCGGUGAAGACUGCUCCUUACCACUGGACCCCUUUCAAUGAUAGUUUGUACCAGAGAGUGGAAUCCUUAAAGUAGAAAGAGAGCAACCGUGCCAUACCUCAGUCCUCUUUUGUCUCAGACGUUACCCAGCCAAACGGAUUAUCAGCAUGCCAACCAAUACCUGGCAUAACGUGCAGAACUUUAUUUCUACAGACAAAGUCAUGGCUUUGGGAAAUCUGUCCAUAUCAAAUGCCUUAUUUCUUACACGAGCGUAAUAGCUGCAGCUUGCUUUUGAUUACCACAAAAUAGUAAUGAAUAAAGAGCCAUUCAGGCACACAGUGGUAACGCUGCUGCAGCCAAAAGAACGGUCCUCCUGACUGUGCCACGUUUAUCAGCUUGCACCACUCUUCAUGCAAACAUGGACCAUAAUAGAUACAUU